AUGAGUCCCAACAACGUGCAGCAAGGCCAACGCCUACGACUCGAAUCUCAGCAGCAAGAACUUCCUGUGCAGACGAUAGCACAGUAUAUUAGCGACCAGGGAAUUUCAUUCCGUCCGGAGGAGCUGCAUGAGCCAGAUCCAGAGAGGAUCCGAGUCGUACUCAUUCAGCUUCUUUGGAAAGAUAUCAGCAAAACACAACAAGAUAUACAAAUCGUCGAUGAUCUCAUUGACGGAGGCAGGAAAUUCGAAAGAUGCUUUUUAAUUAUUACAAAAAUUUUGCUAUCGUGGGGAGUCACAACCUUCUGCUAUGACGACUGGACGAAUCCAACAUUCGCUUCCCUAAUCGCAGUUUUAUCUCGUCUUAUUGCCAGAAAACAGAAAGUCGCUGAGGAGAUGGUGAAAAUUGAGAAGGCAUUUCACACCCAUGCAGAGCGGAACAAAGUGGCUCAGGAAUCAAUACUUGGCACGCAAAGGGUUGAGAAUGAACUGAGUGGACGUCUAAAAAUGUUACAAGCGUUGGAAGAGCUGGGAAAUGUGGAUGGUGAGACCUAUCGGGGUUUCAUCUCCGAGCAGAAAGAGGUAUUCAAGAUGGCACUCAGGCAGGUCAAAGCUACCAGACUGCGCACCGAGGAGCUCGUCUUUCAAAGUGCCCACGGAAUGUCGAUGCUUGAAAAAGCUCGGAACAAUCUCCAGCUGUAG